GCGAUACCAAUGUUAAAACUUAAAAUUUGAUACGUCAAAAAUCCGCACCGUCGAUACUGGCCGCCUAUGUCAUUAUGCGUUGCGGAGGCCAAUAUCAUUUAAAACGGAAACAAAAAUAUUUCGCGUAUAACGAGUUGAGCAGGCAGUGCAAAUUAGGUAUAGGGGUCGACUGACGUUGUGAUGGCAAAAAUUUUGCGAAAGAUAUCACACUGACAUUAGCAUAAUGGACCAGCAAUUUUGUCUUCGCUGGAACAAUCACCCUACCAAUUUAACAGAUGUGUUGGCUAGUCUGUUGCAACGAGAAGCCCUCUGUGAUGUUACUUUAGCUUGUGAUGGAGAAACGGUCAAAGCACACCAAACUAUUUUGUCAGCAUGCAGUCCAUACUUCGAGAGUAUAUUUUUGCAAAACUCCCAUCCACACCCUAUCAUAUUUUUGAAAGAUGUUAGAUUUGAUGAGAUGCGAUCUCUAUUGGAUUUCAUGUAUAAAGGGGAGGUCAAUGUUGGCCAGUCGAGAUUACCUAUGUUUCUAAAGACAGCUGAAAGUCUUCAGGUUCGUGGAUUAACUGAAAGCGGUCAUAUUUCAAAUCGCUCAGAAGAUCACAAGCCUGAUAACUUAACGAUGUCUGGUCGUGAUAGAGAACUCCAAGAACAACGUGAUACUAUAACUUCACACACCAGUUCAAUUCAGUCUGGCCCAACUGAUUUGAAGCGUAGAAAAAAAAAUACGAACUGUGAUAUAUCUUUGACAAAUUCUUCUCUGUCAGAGAGGCAAUUUGCCGAAUCUCAAGCAUCUUCCUCACAUAGCAGCUAUAAGUCGAGUUCUCUGCCUAAAUUGAACUCAAUCUUGCACCAUGAUUCAUCAAAUGACGACGUUCAAUCUCAGAGCGGAGUUGUGGGCGGCCGAGGCCUCAUGCAGUCCCCAUCGGCUGGUCAUUCGGGUCAUUCGUCCGCGCGAUCCAACACGCCUGGUGUCAUGUCUGCGGUCAAUAUCAAGCAAGAGAUCUCGGACUCGCAUGGUUCCAAUGCCGUACAUGAUCAGAAACCCUACUCUAUCGCGUCCGAUUUUACGGCGAAUGCUCUGCAGAUGCACGCCGAGGACAUGAGUUCACUGCUCGCUAGUCACACAAUGAUGUCUUCGAUCGCGAACGCGGCUCUGAUGGAUACGAACAACCCUCUGCCUCUGAGUCCUGACGGUCAGAAUUCACAUUCACAAAUGGAAUCACAAGAAACCGCAGAUGGAUCAAAAGCUUGGCAUAUGCGACUUACAUUCGAACGUCUUCAGGGCGGUUGUAAUUUGCACCGUUGCAAACUGUGCGGUAAGGUGGUGACGCACAUUCGUAACCAUUACCACGUGCAUUUUCCUGGUCGAUUCGAAUGCCCGCUGUGUCGUGCGACAUACACUAGAAGCGAUAACUUACGCACGCACUGCAAGUUCAAACACCCGAUGUUCAAUCCGGACACCCGGAAGUUCGAGAAUCUGCUGACGAGCUCGGCAAACAAUGGUAACAGUGGCGCAUCGACGCCGACGCCGACGCCGACGCCUACGCCGACACCGACGUCGGCGGCGUACGCGCGCAGCGCCCCAGCAUCCGGCAAUCUGAGCGAGAGCCUGGAUUGAUUGAGACUGAAUUUUUUUGAAUUAUGUCAAUGGAUACGUCCGCACUACUAUCAUCCGAAUCUGCCGUGAUACUGUUGAAUUGAACGGUGCUCGCUCGCUCGCUAAACCCAAACGGUUUCAUUUUUAGGAAUUUUCGCGAUGGCGCGAGCAGCUUCGCUCAUCACUCAUAUUGACAUGAAUCAAAAGAAUUCGUUUUGCGCAAUUCACUAACUCAACCAUAUAAACAUUCUUCUCGAACAAAUACAGCGAUAUUAUGUAUGAAGUACAUAAAAUGAUUAAAGUAUAAUAGCUAAAAUUAAAUUUAAUAUUCAUGUUACAUACCUAUAUGCCGAGCUUAUAUCGCCUAUGUAAAUCGUGAC